UACGCUUACUCUCACUCCUCUAUCUCCUACUUUUCUCCGCCGUGAAAAUGGGGAAUUGUCAGGCGGUGGAGACGGCAACGACGGUGUUAGAACGACCAGAUGGCAAGUCAGAGAGAUUUUACUCAACAGUAAGCGCAAGGGAGGUGAUUAAGUCUCACCCUGGUCACCACGUUGCUCUCCUCAUCUCCUCCUCAGUACCUAACGGUGGCUCUCUCCGCGUCACCAGAAUCAAGCUACUCCGUCCUUCAGAUAACCUUAUGCUCGGCCAUGUGUAUAGACUUGUCUCUUCUGAAGAGGUGAUGAAAGGAUUAAGAGCCAAGAAAUCUGAAAAGAUGAAGAAGAUCCAUGGAGAGUUUUCUGUUGAAGAAGAGGAGAUUAAACCACUAACCUUAAGAUCUGAAUCUGCUUUUGACAAAGACUCUCAGAGAAAGAUACAUGAAAAGCAGAGAGUGAUAAAGACAGGAGCUACCAACAAAGUUAGAGCUUGGCAGCCUUCUCUUCAAAGCAUAUCAGAAUCUACAAGCUAAAAGUUAAUUCAUAUUUUUCCUUUUUUUUUACAUUUGAGUUUUUGAUCACUUGAUUUCUCUUUGUGUGGUUGUUUUUCCCAAUCAAAUUGUAAAGGAAGAAAAGAAAAACCAUUUGAUUGUGGCAGAUGAUGAAGCUUCUGUGAAUUUCUCUUAACUCAGUUAUAAAUUUUUAAUCAAAGAAGAUCCAAUGUUGAUUAGAAUAAAAAGAAGAAGAUCCAAUGUAUUCUUUUCCUUUCUAUUUUUUAGCAGUUUUGAAAGUAACUGUGGCAUUAGCAUGUAUGUCACACAAUAAAAA